AUGACUGUCAAACUGUUUGACCUGCAGGGACAGCUUCUCUCCGAGACCGGCAUCACCUUUGACCCCACAGGAAUGGGCAAGCCUGGGUCUGCAUCAGAUAUCUCCACUACUGGGGUUUGCAUCAGAUAUCUCCACUACCAGGGUCUGCCUCAGAUAUCUCCACUACCAGGGUCUGCCUCAGAUAUCUCCACUACCAGGGUCUGCCUCAGAUAUCUCCACUACCAGGGUCUGCCUCAGAUAUCUCCACUACCAGGGUCUGCCUCAGAUAUCUCCACUACCAGGGUCUGCCUCAGAUAUCUCCACUACCAGGGUCUGCCUCAGAUAUCUCCACUACUGGGGUUUGCAUCAGAUAUCUCCACUACCAGGGUCUGCCUCAGAUAUCUCCACUACCAGGGUCUGCCUCAGAUAUCUCCACUACCAGGGUCUGCCUCAGAUAUCUCCACUACCAGGGUCUGCCUCAGAUAUCUCCACUACCAGGGUCUGCCUCAGAUAUCUCCACUACUGGGGUCUGCAUCAGAUAUCUCCACUACCAGGGUCUGCCUCAGAUAUCUCCACUACCAGGGUCUGCCUCAGAUAUCUCCACUACUGGGGUUUGCAUCAGAUAUCUCCACUACCAGGGUCUGCCUCAGAUAUCUCCACUACCAGGGUCUGCCUCAGAUAUCUCCACUACCAGGGUCUGCCUCAGAUAUCUCCACUACCAGGGUCUGCCUCAGAUAUCUCCACUACCAGGGUCUGCCUCAGAUAUCUCCACUACCAGGGUCUGCCUCAGAUAUCUCCACUACCAGGGUCUGCCUCAGAUAUCUCCACUACCAGGGUCUGCCUCAGAUAUCUCCACUACCAGGGUCUGCCUCAGAUAUCUCCACUACUGGGGUUUGCAUCAGAUAUCUCCACUACCAGGGUCUGCCUCAGAUAUCUCCACUACCAGGGUCUGCCUCAGAUAUCUCCACUACCAGGGUCUGCCUCAGAUAUCUCCACUACCAGGGUCUGCCUCAGAUAUCUCCACUACCAGGGUCUGCCUCAGAUAUCUCCACUACCAGGGUCUGCCUCAGAUAUCUCCACUACCAGGGUCUGCCUCAGAUAUCUCCACUACCAGGGUCUGCCUCAGAUAUCUCCACUACCAGGGUCUGCCUCAGAUAUCUCCACUACCAGGGUCUGCCUCAGAUAUCUCCACUACCAGGGUCUGCCUCAGAUAUCUCCACUACCAGGGUCUGCCUCAGAUAUCUCCACUACCAGGGUCUGCCUCAGAUAUCUCCACUACCAGGGUCUGCCUCAGAUAUCUCCACUACCAGGGUCUGCCUCAGAUAUCUCCACUACCAGGGUCUGCCUCAGAUAUCUCCACUACCAGGGUCUGCCUCAGAUAUCUCCACUACCAGGGUCUGCCUCAGAUAUCUCCACUACCAGGGUCUGCCUCAGAUAUCUCCACUACCAGGGUCUGCCUCAGAUAUCUUCACUACCAGGGUCUGCCUCAGAUAUCUUCACUACCAGGGUCUGCCUCAGAUAUCUUCACUACCAGGGUCUGCCUCAGAUAUCUUCACUACCAGGGUCUGCCUCAGAUAUCUUCACUACCAGGGUCUGCCUCAGAUAUCUCCACUACCAGGGUCUGCCUCAGAUAUCUCCACUACCAGGGUCUGCCUCAGAUAUCUCCACUACCAGGGUCUGCCUCAGAUAUCUUCACUACCAGGGUCUGCCUCAGAUAUCUUCACUACCAGAGAUAUCUUCACUACCAGGGUCUGCCUCAGAUAUCUUCACUACCAGGGUCUGCCUCAGAUAUCUUCACUACCAGGGUCUGCCUCAGAUAUCUUCACUACCAGGGUCUGCCUCAGAUAUCUUCACUACCAGGGUCUGCCUCAGAUAUCUUCACUACCAGGGUCUGCCUCAGAUAUCUUCACUACCAGGGUCUGCCUCAGAUAUCUUCACUACCAGGGUCUGCCUCAGAUAUCUUCACUACCAGGGUCUACCUAA